ACACACAUUUCGGCGGGCUUAUUUUUUUUAUCGGCAGCAUGAAGUUUUUUGUCGUUACACUAUUGGCGGUUGCCAGCACCGCUUACGGCUUAAACGUAGAACAUGCAAUUCCCGAUGGAAAUACUGCGUACGGGUAUCUGAAGAACAUUGGAAUUCCCAGAGCGGAGCAGAUCCGUAAAGCAGAGGAGGCGUACCUCAAUGAUGCCUCCAGGAUCGUCGGGGGUGUCCCCGCUGCACUCGGACAAUACCCGUACCAGGCUGGACUGAUCAGUGACAUCGUCGGUUUGACCGGCCGUGGCGUCUGCGGAGGUUCUUUGGUCACCGCCAGCCGAGUCAUCACUGCCGCUCAUUGCUGGUUCGAUGGACAAAACCAGGCCUGGCGAAUUACUGUGGUUCUUGGCUCUGUGCUACUGUUCAGUGGCGGCAACAGGAUUGAGACUAGUGCUGUAGCCACCCACCCCAGUUGGUUGCCCCUACUGGUGAGGAAUGACGUCGCCGUCAUUUACUUACCCACCCCCGUCACGCUAUCUGCCACUAUCAACACCAUCGCCCUGCCUUCUGGAAACCAGCUUUCAGAAAAUUUCGCAGGCUCUACUGCCACUGCUUCAGGAUUUGGAGUUACCAGUGAUGGUUCUGGCAUUUCCACUGAUCAGUUCCUGAGCCACGUCAGCCUGAACGUGAUCACCAAUAGCGUCUGCUCCUACGCAUUCCCCUUCAUUCUUCAGUCCAGCAAUAUCUGCACCAGCGGAGUUGGAGGCAUCGGCGUUUGUGGCGGAGACUCCGGCGGUCCUUUGGUCGUCCAACGAGACGGCAGGCCCGUUUUGAUUGGAAUCACAUCGUUUGGAUCUGCUCUCGGCUGUGAGAUAAACUUACCUUCGGCCUAUGCUCGAGUCACAUCCUUCCUUGAUUUCUUCCAGCAGCAUAUAUAAAAUGAUAGUGUAACGCAUAUCUGAUUAAAUUUGUAAGGAACAUAAA